GCUCGACAGGAACACGUGAAGGCAACACCGUUGGACGCGACGGAGAGCAGAGGAAAGAAAAGGGCAAGGAAGGGACCUGUGAUCAAAUUCAGCCUCAACUAUUGGCGCCAAUCCGGCUAUAAGACAAAUAAAACUACUCAAAUUCCAUUGAGGUUUUAAUCAAAUCGGCGACUACCCGCUUCUCCUUUCAUACCCAUCGGUCGGUGCUGUAGCCUGCUAGCCUCGUUAGCAGCCUCUCUAUCAUUGUCAUUAAUCUGGCCCAUUUGUCUGUGUGUGCGGUCACUAAUAACUGAGCAGCGGUUUGCACAGGGACAAUAGAGGUGUGUUUCUCCUGGGUCACCCGUAAGACACAGCCGCCAAAAUGGGGAGGAAGUCCAACAGAGCGAAGGAGAAGAAAGCCCGGCGUCUGGAGGAACGGGCAGCGAUGGAUGCCGUCUGUGCAAAGGUGGACGCAGCCAAUAAGCUUGAUGACCCACUGUCUGCCUUCCCAGCCUUCAAAAAGUACGACAGAAAUGGGUUGAACCUGCAGAUAGAGUGUAAGAGAGUGACCUCCCUCAACCCGCUGUCUGUGGAGUGGGCCUUCGAACUCACCAGAGCCAACAUGCAGACCCUGUACGAGCAGAGCGAGUGGGGAUGGAAGGAAAGGGAAAAGAGGGAGGAGAUGAACGAUGAGAGAGCGUGGUACCUGCUGGCCCGUGACGGUGACUCCGCCCCCGUGGCGUUCUCUCACUUCCGAUUCGACGUGGAGUGCGGGGAGGAGGUACUAUAUUGCUAUGAGGUCCAGUUAGAGAGUAGAGUGCGAAGGAAAGGGCUUGGCAAGUUCCUCAUCCAGAUACUACAGCUCAUUGCUAACAGCACACAGAUGAAGAAAGUGAUGUUGACAGUUUUUAAACACAACCAUGGGGCUUACCAGUUCUUCAGAGAAGCUUUACAGUUUGAGAUCGACGAGACUUCACCAAGUAUGUCCGGUUGCUGCGGCGACGACUGCUCUUAUGAAAUCCUCAGCCGGCGGACCAAACACGGCGAGGCUUCUGCAGGUCACACCCACGGGGGCGGUCACUGCGGGGGCUGCUGCCAUUGAUUGGCCCUGGCCUCCUUCUCUCUUCACUGAUUGGUUAAAAGCCAGCAACUUUCAUGGCUGUGUGUGAAAGCUUGAGCUGCCUGCUAUUUUGCAAGCAUUUUGAGUUUGAGCAGAUGUGAAACGAUGGUGGAAUGCGUCGUACCUGGCUACAGAUAUUGAUGUCGCAUUAUCAGAUUUGUGUUUUUGUUUUUUUCUUCUUUUUUUUUUUUUUUUAAAUACUCCUACAAAAGCAGUGUGCAGUGUGAGCUUUCACACAUAGCUUCUGUUUUUCCUAUUACUUCGUUUAGUGUCUUAUCUCUUAUCCAAGUUAAUGACUAUUAGUAAUUUCCAGUCAAGAAAAAACUAAGGCACUGCUGACAUUCUUUACCACUGCAACAAACCUCAUCCCAUCCUUUAAUCAUUUCCCGCUGUGUUAUACUGUAUUGAAUCAUUAAGCAGAGCCCAAAAAUACAACCAGGGGCCGAAAUACCAAGGGUCGUGUUGUAGAAACCUUCUCUUUUCAAGAAGUAACAUCUGAAGAAGUAAAGUCUUUUGAAUGAAGGCAAGAAAAUCCUCAAUUAUUCAACUUACCUUGAAUAUUAAAUGGAUGAAUCCAUGUCUCUGUAAUGCUUCCCUUGACUUCUCCACAGCCUCACUGAGACCAUGACCUUGUUUUGCUGAAGCAGGGUCCCAACAUUAGGUUGAAUGUAUUCAAGAAAACAGUGAGAGAAGCCCUGCUGCACUGUAGAAUACUGGACUACAUUACCUGAUACAAUGCACGUGGGUUCUAAAAGCUAUUUUUGUAACAAAAGCACUGCAGCAGCUGCACUGUUUGGAACCACAACGGCCCGUGAUACUACUGUCAAUGAUUGCAGUACACUAUACACACUCCCCACCUCUUCUGUUCAGGUAAAAUCCAAACCUCUUCUUUAGUCCUUUUCCCUUAACUUAUGAGACAAACUUGCCUUCUUUCUUUAUUGCACAUAGAUUUCUAACCUCCUGUCUCUAAAACAUCAUCCAAGUCAGAUAAUAUCCUUGUUUCCUUAUCAGAGCUUAGACAUCAUGAAACUUUUUGCAGAAACAGAUAUUUGAUUUGCCUACUGAUAUUUGUCUCAUGCUUCAUGUAAAACCGCAUCUCCCUUGCUCUUUUUCCACUUCCGUCGUGCCUCACUCCAUGCCCUAAAGGCACUGAGCGAUGGCAGCAGACCCGUCUUGUGUUGCUGCCAUCUUUAGUCACCUUUGUAAAAUUGCAUUAAUCCUGCUUGCCUCUUUGUUCUCUUCAUUUCCAAGAGGUACUGUUGAUAAACGAGUUGAUGUUGAUGCUACUUUAACUGUAUUUUAAAACGACUAAACCCAUCCUCCAUUCCUUCUCCUACGUGCUUUGUCAGCAUGAGCAAAUCAUAUUGAUUUAACAUGGUUGGUAGAAGUCACCACUUCAUUACAAACAGUAGCUGUCAUUAAUGUUGUCCGAUGGUCAUGAACGCUAUAAACUUAGAAGAAGGAAGAUGAUUGGAUGGAUGGAUGGAUGGAUGGAUGGAAGUGAUUCUAAAGUACUGAAGGUGUUUUUAUUAGAUGUAAUGUCUCUUCUUAUCAGUCAUCACUUGUUUUCCAGCCUAGUGUCAUCAGUUUGCAUGAUGAAAUUUUUAAAAAAGGAAAAAAAACAAAAACAAAAUUACACAACAGCAGUGCUCAUUAUGAAAGCUGCGCUGCUUGAAACCUCUUCUAAAAUCCUCAAGAGGCGGAAUGACUUAAAUAUUUCACACAAAUCAUUUUGUAUUGAGGAGAGGAGGGGUGAAAUGUGAAGUUUGUGUUGAGGUUUGGUUUUCUUUUAAAGCAUCUCGAAGCCAAUGCUGUAACAUUUGACUGUGUUUGACAUGUGUUUGCUAAGAUGCUUUAAAAUCACCAUAACCUGCCUGUUGUGGGUUUUGGACGUCAUGUUACUAAUAGAAAGGCUGCUGUAACCACUUGUCAGAAUCUGUAUCUGUUUACAAAACCUUCAGGGUAACUUUGAAUAGAGUGAUGAUCAGAUGGGUUUAAACUCUUUUUAGAAAAUGCCACAAAACCCUUUAUUUCCAAGCGUGUAGUUGGAUUGUUCACAUACUCUGUGUGGGCCGGAGAACUGAAAAGACCUCUUUUUUUGCGCUGCUGUGGAUAUAAAUAUCCCUCAUGUGUAAUGUUUCUGAGAGAAGCUCAGUUUGGUACUUUUGCAGUGUUUUUUUAAAAGGUAACACUCUUAAGACUUCACUCUAGAUUUAAUUUAGACCAUGAAUGGUUCAAGUAUGUUACACAGAUUGAAAUGUGAAGUUUACGAGGACCACCUGAGUAGAGGAUGUGAUUUCCUACACUGAAACAAAGAUGUUAUUCGUUCCAAAAUAACCUUUUUACAUGAUCAAAUCCAGAGCCUGCAGUGGAGUUAUUUUCAGAUGACUUUAAGAAAAGGAAAAAAAAAGGGCCCAACUAUUCAGCACCUGAACACAACACCAUAGUGUUUCCUGCUUUUUAAAGUAUGAUCAUGAGCAAAACAAACAAAAUAUGGCGUGUUUUAUUUCUGAUGAGUACAGUAAUCUGUUUUUGUACUUCACUGGUUACAAUACAAAGAGGAUGUUGUACAUAGUGGUAGUGAGUCAACUGACUGACAGUCUCUCUCUCAGGUUAAUCAAACGUUAUCAAACCUCAUCUGUUGUACUUAACAGCCAUGUUGUCAGUUAGAUGUUGGCUGGGUUGUAUCGCCACAGAGUUCGACCUAGAGUCAGUUUCAAUUCAGACUUUCAAGAAAGCCUCACAUAAGAGUUUUAACACAAUAAAGGAAAAGAAAACUCCCAUAAGGCUCCUGAACGGCUCCGCCUUGAACAUGUGAAAGUACAUGAAGGUAAAACAAAAGUGUGAACUGACCCUAGAUCAGAUCUCAGUGGCUGAAUUCAGUCAAGACAGGUGGGCUGUCUUUAAACAGGCUCAUUGGAUGUGAAAGUAUCGAGUGAGCCUAAACCUACAAGUUUAUUUUAAGUCGGUGAGUGCUUACACACCCUCACUAAAUCACAGCUCUAGGUCUUUUCUCUAUGUGUAUAUAUAAGCUGUUGUGAAUCCAUCUUCAUUUUCAUUUCUUGGCCUUUUACAGGUAAAAAAAACAAACAAAACACUUUUUUUAAACAUGUUUAAAAAAAAACUCCAUGUUUGAGAGUGGGUGUUAACAGUCCUGUCCAUAAACGACAAUGAAAGGGAAAACUAAGUCAUUCUGCCUUGUCAGUGUUUUAUUUGUAUGUUACAAAUAAAAGAAAGUUGUUUGACUUUU